AUGGGUCUUCUAUCGGAUCCAGAAUAUGGGUCGGUAAAAUGGGUUAGGGUACUGAAGAAAGUACAUUCGCCUCUGUGUUUUAUUUGUUACAUUUGUGCUAUUGGAUGGUUUUUCAUGUUAGCACACAGAGAAUUCAAUAAUGAAACUUAUUUCUCAGAGAAUGCUUUAUUACCUGGUUUAGUUACUAAUGAAUUUGACGCCGAGUACUCAGCAAAUAAGUUUUAUAAGGAAUUCCUUCAAGAAUUAGAGGAUAAAUAUGAAGAUAGCGAUGAGAUGCCUGUACCCUGGCUGGUUGGCAAGAUGUCUCAGUUAGAUCUUGAAGUCUACACUCACAAUUUUACACUGAACUAUCCUCUGGGACAUGGACAGGUUUACAAAGGAACAAAUGUGUAUGGGAUUCUAAGAGCGCCUCGUACUUCCUCAUUAGAAGCAUUAGUGGUGACCGCACCUUUCCGUUCUUUAUCCAGUCAUCAAAAAGGAACUGCUGCUGGUAUAGGAUUGAUGCUGGCAUUUGCACAGUUUGCUAGACCUCAAAAGUACUGGGCCAAGGAUAUAAUUUUCUUGAUCACGGAACAUGAGCAAUUAGGUAUGCAGGCGUGGUUAGAAGCUUAUCACGGUUUACGAAGAGAGUCGGACACUUUCUAUACAAGUCUCAGCAGUUUUUGGCAACCUGGUAGUGAAUUGUUCAAGCAUUUUAAGGUUUUGGAGAAAAUCACUGAUCAAACUAAGUGCUUAGAUCCGGGCACAUUGAAAGGCAGAUCGGGAUCUAUACAGGCUGCUAUCAAUUUAGAAUUUCAUACACCGAAAUUUAAAUAUAUUGAAGUUAAGGUGGAAGGUCUUAAUGGACAACUACCAAAUUUGGAUUUGGUGAAUUUAGUGCACAAGCUUUGUAUUAAGUCAAAUUUGCAUCAUUCAUAUAAAAAUAGUUAUUCCUGGAUCAGAACAAGAAAUAAAAUGGAUGAAUGGAUAAACAAUAUAUGGACCAUGUUGGGAAUGGUUGGAAGUCAGAUAGCCGGGGUUCCGAAUGGAAAUCAUGGUUUGUUCCAUCGCUUCAAUAUAGAGGCUCUUACUUUAGAAGGUCGUGAUGCUUCAGACCCUGGACAACCUCCUCGAAUACAUUCCCUACAUCAAGCUAGCUUUCAUCGUCUUGGCAUUACAUUGGAGAGUAUACUUAGAUCCCUCAACAAUCUAUUGGAACGAUUUCACCAGAGUUACUUCUUUUAUAUGCUUGCUGCUACUAAUAGGUUUAUAUCUAUUGGUCAAUACAUGCCAUCAUUGUGUCUUCUAUGUGGUGCGAUGCUCAUACGAGCUCUAUCACUAUGGGUGACAUUACAGAAGGAUGAUGAAAAAGAUGUUGAUAAAGAAACUGUAAAAGAUGAAAAUAAAGUAGCAGAAGGUGAAAAAGAUAGUAAAGAAUUACCAAAAGAAUUAUUAAAAGAAGAAGUUCAAGAAGUAACAAAAGAUAUAGUACAAGUAAAAGAACAAGCUGAAAAAAAUGUGAAAGAGAAAGUGGAACUUAAAAAUAUUGGAGUAAAUGGAUUUAGUUUAGCCAAUAUCGGUGGUAACUAUUUGCUAGUGCAUCUCAUGGGAUAUACAGUCAUGAAUUUACCACCGCUCUUCACUUAUAUUGGUGCCAUACAUUUCUCUCUGCCGUCUGAAGUAUCAGUAUUCUAUGGAUUACUAUCAUCGUCAGCUUUAUUCAUAAUAUUGACGCCAAAGUGUUUGAAAACAACGUCCAAGUUAACAUACGAUGAGUUAACCAUAGUCAAUAUAUUAAUGUUAAUUGAAUUGUCGACUGCGUGCCUUGCUAUCGGUGUUCAUAACUUUCCGUUGGGAGUUUGUUUGGCAGCUCUGUACACACCGCUGGCUUUAAUCGUAGGAGUUGUGGAAGAUAAGCAAGGAAGGUUUCUUCUAUUCAUUAAACGUGUUAUAUGUUUAUUGCUGCAACCAUUACUGAUUCUUAUGAUCCUAAUGAUUCUAUAUUCACGGGUUCUGUUCCCUGAAGAAGGUAUUUUCAUGAUGAUGAGUCGUGGUAAAGACGCCGCUAUGCAAGCCAUUAUGUUUUCUAUAGUGGAUUCAAUGAUUUACGGCAACUGGUUGUUCAACAUUGUGUGUACCGUCAUUUUACCGACUUGGAUAUUGUCGUGGCAGAUUUUGUGGAACAAAAUCCAAAUAUAA